AUGAACAUUUUCCGGCUCACUGCGGAUAUGUCGCAUCUUCUUGCGAUAUUUAUUCUUUUGGUUAAAAUGUGGAAGACACGCUCGGUAUCGGGAAUAUCAGCUCGUUCGCAGAUACUCUUCGCUAUCGUGUUUACCGCAAGAUACCUGGAUCUUUUCACGACAUUCAUCUCUACGUAUAAUACUGUGAUGAAGGUGUUCUUCAUAAUUUCGUCGUAUGGAACACUGUACCUUAUGCUUGUCAAAUUCCGUCCCACCUACGAAAAAGAAUCGGACAGCUUCCGUGUUGAAUUACUUCUUAUACCAUGUGUUCUUCUUUCACUUCUUAUCAAUCAUGAAUUCUCCACAAUGGAGAUUUUGUGGACAUUCAGUAUAUAUCUGGAAGCCGUAGCGAUUAUGCCACAAUUAUUCAUGCUGCAAGCUACCGGAUCUGCUGAAACCAUUACUGCUCACUACCUAUUCGCGUUGGGAUCUUAUCGUGCUUUGUAUCUUCUGAACUGGAUUUACAGGUACUAUACGGAGUCGUUCUUCGAUCCAAUCGCAACGGUCGCCGGAGUUGUUCAGACUGUUCUCUAUGCGGACUUCUUCUAUCUGUACGUUACUCGUGUCGUGAGAACUCGCAAGGCUAUGGAACUUCCUAUUUAA